AUGCACGAAAGACGUGCGUACAUACUGUUGGGAUUCGCGCUUCAGAUAGCCGUCGCGCCGUCUGGUCUUGUUUUCCUGCAUGGCAUGUGCAGGAAAAACAACAUCAACACUCGCAGCCAAAUCUCUCUUAGCUAUGGAUGUUUUUUCGCCGGCCCAGACUUCGAAAAUUACCUUCUGAAUCCCUCGCUUUGA